UCACCGGGGAGGAGGGACAAUUACUGUACAGGAGAGUGAGGGUUGAAAAAGAGGGUGGUGGACCUGCAGAGCUGGACAAAGUGAAACAGACUGAGAGAAGCAACAGAGACAAAUACACACACAUUGGCAACCUGACUGCAACUUCCUAUCACAACACACACACGCUAACACACUCACACACAUGCACAUUGAGAAAGCAGUAUAGUCUGAGGAGCAAUCUAGAACUCAACAAACACACACACAUUUACCUCUCUCUAACACACACAUAGUCAGCAGCAGCAGCAUGUUUUGGUGGAGGCUCUUCCAGGCAGCGUGUGUGCUGUCAGUGUGUGUGUGUCUGCAAGUCGCAUAUGAGGAUGAUAUCGAGGUGAACUACACUGACCCCUUCUACAAUGAAAUCACAGGAGGAGACACACCAGAACCCACACCGACUUCUCCGCCCUCGCCCAGUUCUGGAGACCUGACCAAGUGGGACAAACUCUUCUUGAUGCUGGAGAACAGUCAGAUGAGGGAGAACAUGAUGCUUCAGUACGCUGACGAUAUCAUCAAGGUGGAGAUGGGGUCUCUGCGCGGAGAAAUGCUCAGGUUUGUAGGCCAGUAUGGCGGCUCGUGCGGGGUUGCCGUGGAGACAGCAGGAAGAAGGAUGGCCAUGCAGUUUGAGGCACGCCUCAAAGAAACCAUGGAGCGCCUCAAAACAGCAGUUCAGUCUACUGCUGCCGCCGGUGGGAAUUCUGUCGGGGAUCCCGACAACUUGGAGUCGAUUUUACUUCAGCUCCUCUCUGCUGCACGAGCACAAGCUUCCCAACUCACCAAGCUGGAGACCAGCUGCUUCAGCAGUACUGGAGCUGGAACGGGGAGGAACACGAAGUCGGGAUUCCAUCUUGCAGAGGGUGGAGGGGCCGGGCACCAGGAGCAGGAGUUCACGUCACGAGAGGUGGCUCUAGAUGGAGAGCUGGCUGCACUGAAACAGACGAGGGCGGAGCAGGAGGAGGCGCUGAGGUUACAGAGCCAAAGACACCUACCCGCAGGCUGUGACAUGGCGCUCCUCUUCCCAAUGCGUUCCCGUCGAAUCUACACUGCUGUCACACCAGAGGUUCCUCUCUCCAUCUCCUCCUUCACCAUCUGCAUGUGGUUAAAGCCAACAACUCUCGCCAACAAAACCGUGCUCUUCUCCUAUGGUCACCGUCGCAACCCAUACGAGAUCCAGCUGCUGCUCGGCCAAACCUCUGCGCUCUUCACCAUCGGAGGAGAGGCUCACCUGGUGGAGGCGCGACGUGUGGUGAAGCCAGGAGAGUGGAUCCACCUGUGUGGGGCAUGGGCCUCCGAGCAGGGUCUGGCCACCCUGUGGGCGGGUGGGGAAAAAGUGGUCACCACACCCGGAGUUGCUGAGGGACACGUCUUACCGGAAGCUGGCUCCCUCCAGCUGGGCCAAGAGAGGAAUGGCUGCUGUGGGGGUGGCAUCUCAGGCUUUGAGGGAGGGUUCGAUCCCAGGCUGGCAUUCGCCGGGAAGAUGACGGGAGUGAAUAUGUGGGACAGGGUGCUGUCAGAGGAGGAGAUUUCCGAGCUGGCUCUGCAGAAUGGGCAGGGCUGCGAGCAGAGAGGAAACGUGGUGGCGUGGGGCAUCACGGAGAUGGUGCCUCAUGGAGGCGCUCAGUUCAUCUACUAACGGACUCUUUGUGAUUUUCAUCAGGGCCAUAAUGAUCAUCAACGUGAAUAUCAGCAACAUCCUGAUAAGUUCUCCUGCUAAAAAUGAAGAGAGCAGCUUACAUUGCUUUUAUCAUCAUCAUCUUUGUCCAUAUAGUUCCAUGUUUGAUUAUUAUGUUGUUAUAAGGACUGUUUUAUUCAUCAUCUCUAUCGCUAUUCAUCACUAUUGAUAUGAACACUUAUGAUGCAAUUGAAAUCGGAUGGACAUGCUCCGAUGGGAGGAAGCCAAUGCUGUGAGAGACUGAAGUUUAUUUUUGUAACAUAACCUUUUAACCUGAGGCCACACACACACACACACACACACACACACCGACACAAACACACACACACACACACACACACACACACACACACACACACACACACACACACACAAACACAUGCUCACACUGACUUAACUUCAGCAUAGAAAACGUGCAAUGCAGCAGCAAAUGUGCUGCUACAGCAUUUACCAAAGACUUAAUUAGACUGAGGGGCAGACAAAGAGUCUAUUGAUAAAGUGAAUGGGUUCCGAGCUCGUAGGAGAGAAAAUGAAAAGUUCACAAACAAUUACAAGAGAUUGUCUUUAGAGUGGCAUGUUUGGUUUUUUUACGACAAAGCAUUUUCCUCCUUUCAAUCUAGAUUUGUGCAAGUGCAGUUAAUCAAAAUUUCAAUGCAAAACUUAUUUCCCUUAUGCAAUUUUACUCGGAAACAUUAAUAUAUUAAAAUAUUUACUUUUCAGUCAUGUAGGUAUUUCCCUGGGCGCCGUGCAUGGCUGCCCACUGCUCUGUGUGUCCUGCUAUGUUCACCAGAUGGGUCAAAAGCAGAGGAUAAAUUUCCUUCAUCUGCAUGUAGUGUGACUGUGAAUGUGUUUGGGAUGAAUAAAUGUAUCUUAUAAAAACAAAAAAAAAUAGCGGUGAAAGAUGACUGUCAUCUAAAUCCCCAUAACCACUAAAUGCCUAGGUAUAUACCUAUGCGUUUAGUGGUUUUAGAUAUAUCUUGCUGAUGCAUUAAUGAUGUAUUGUAAUGUAUUGUGUAGUAGUACAUGUGAUUUACGAAAUACUCAAAUACUGAAAACUGCUGUACUUGCUUUCACUUCAAGCCCCGCCAUAUACUCAAGAAAUAGAAUCAAACAAAAACAUUAUUUUUUUAUUAUCAUUAUUUGCCUGAAUUUGUGAAAUUUCAAAGCAUUUUUAAGAUAUUACAGUUUAUAAUGUGUACCCAAGUGUUUACAUUCAUAUGAUUUAUGUAAUUCCACUUCUGCUUUGUUUUGCUUUAUUGUCCGUAGUUAUCAUUUAAUUCUAGGGUAAUAUAUAUGUCUUCUUUUUUGAUACUGCAUAAAGUAAUACGAGUACAACUGUUAUAUUUGUCAUUGGAGAUUGAGAUUGUUUUUGAGAUUGAUACAGUAACUGAGGAAAAUGUUUACACCAUCUUAUCUUUUAAGAACUAAGUCGUCUUGUAUUAUAAUGUAAAUUGCUUAUUGUUUUGUUUUCUUGUGUAAAGGUGAAAUUGAAUGUAUUUUGUACAUAAAUAUAUUUUGCAUAGCAUGAAUGGUUGAAUGGAGAGUGAGUUACGAAUAAACCUUUCAAACUAUA